AUGUUUUCUCUAGUGGAGGACUGGACUUUGGCAUGUCUUCUCUCUCUCAAGGUCCGAGCCAACGCCGAGACGCCCGCAGAUGCACGGCAAGCCAAGGUAUUUGGUGCGGAAGGCAUUGGUUUGGUCCGCACUGAGCACAUGUUCUUCGACGGGCAGCGAAUUGUCGCCAUGAGGCAGAUGAUCUUGGCCACCGAUGAGAACGAUCGUCGCCAGGCACUGGACAAGCUGCUGGUCAUGCAGCGGCAGGACAUCAUUGAGCUUUUCCAAAUCAUGGAUGGCAAUCCCGUCACGGUGCGCUUGCUGGAUCCUCCUCUGCAUGAGUUCAUCCCGCACACCGAAGCGGAGAUGGCACUGGUGGCCAAAGCGGCGGGUGUUCCUCUGGAGCGGGUCCGCCGACGUGCUGCGGAGCUGCAGGAGGCCAACCCCAUGCUGGGCCAUCGCGGCUGCCGGCUGGCCAUCACCUAUCCGGAGAUCUGCGAGAUGCAGGCCCGCGCCAUCUUCGAGGCCGCAGCCGAGGUUGGCCGAAGCUCGAAGAAGCAGCCAGUGGCUGAGGUUAUGGUGCCGCUUGUGGCAACCACCGAAGAGCUCAAGCUGCUGAAGGGGGUCAUUGACAAAACGGCUGAU